AUGGCCCCGGUCGCUGAGAACUGGACAAUUCUCUCGGUUGCGUCUGGGAUUGUUUGUUGCACUGUACUCUAUAUCCUUAUCCUAUCCUUCUACAGAAUCUACUUCCAUCCCUUAUCCAAAUAUCCCGGACCCGCUCUCUGGGCGGCCAGCAGGUUUCCCAGUGCCUACUACCUAACGAAAGGAGUUAUACCGUACAAAACCCUCGAGCUCCACAACCGAUACGGACCAGUGGUUCGACUCUCCCCCAACGAGUUAUCCUUUAUUCUCGAUGCUGCCUGGCAGGAUAUCUACGGGAAGCCCGCUGCACGAAAUACCCAGUUGAUGAAAGAUCAAAACCAGUUCUUGACGCAUGAAAAUGGUGUCCAUGGUUUGUUGGGAGAGCCAGAUGAUUCUAAGCAUGCGAGAAUGAGGCGAAAUUUGUCCCACGGGUUCUCCGAGAAGGCACUGAGAGAUCAAGAACCCAUCAUCAAGAGCUAUGUGGAUCUAUUAAUACAGAGACUCCACGAAAACUCCAAAGAACCAGUUGACGUAGUCAAAUGGUUCAAUUUCAUAACAUUUGAUAUCAUUGGCGAUCUAACCUUUGGGGAAUCAUUUGAAUGUCUCAAAACGUCGCAAGUUCAUUUCUGGGUGCAAUCCAUAUUCCUUCAUUUAAAGAACUUGGUAUUUAUGGGCCUCUUGAGCAGUUAUGGACUAGUCCCGAUAGUCCUUUUUUUCCUCCCUCAAAGCAUCAAGGCAAAAGAGCAGCGACAUAAGGACUUUACAAAAGCGGUAUUAAAGAAAAGGCUCGAGACAUCGACUUCUCGUCCAGAUUUUCUCUCGCUUGCACAAAAGCAACUCAACCAACCCCAAGGAAUUACAUUUGACGAACUCGUCCCCACAACGGGACCCCUAAUAUUUGCGGGCUCGGAAACAACAGCAACGCUCCUCAGCGGAGUAACAUACUACCUAACCACGCACCCUUCAAUAUACGCCAAACUCACUGAAGAAAUACGAACAGCUUUUAAAACCGAAGACGAAAUAAACAUUGUCAGUGUCAACAACCUAACCUAUAUGCUCGCAGUUCUCAGCGAAACCCUACGCAUUUACCCUCCCGCGCCAGCAAGCUUCAACCGUGUCACCCCCCCAGAAGGCUGCAUGGUUGCCGGUCACUUCGUUCCAGGCAAUGCCAUUGUCGCCGUGAACCAAUGGAGCGCGAAUCAUUCAACUCUUAACUUCACUCGCCCUUGGGAUUUUGUGCCUGAGCGGUGGUUAGGUGAUGCCGAAUUCAAGGAUGACAAGGGGAAGGUGGUCCAGCCAUUUAGUGUGGGACCUAGAAACUGUAUUGGAAGGAAUCUGGCGUUUGCUGAGAUGAGAUUGAUCCUCGCGCGGCUGGUGUGGAAUUUUGAUCUCGUGCUGGAGGAAAAGAGUAAGGGGUGGGUGGAGAAUCAGGAUGUUAUGAUGGUGUAUCUGAAGCCGCCUUUGAUGGUUAAGCUUAAUCCUGUUGUGAGGGGUUAA